GAAAGUGAAGACAGAUGUUGAGGUUCACGAACGCUGCUAAACAUCUCUGGCCUGAAGCUGCAAAUUUUGCAGACCAUUUUCUGUUAAAAGCAUGUGCUCAAAGACUUGGCUGACCACUGCUGCUCUGAGGACUAAAAUGGACAUAGUCAAGACCCAUCCAUUUCCUGGUACCAUGUAUUUAGAAAGUACCCUGCUGUUUUUUCUAAAUGCUUUCAGCAGGGUAGAAUCUGCUCUGAGAAGGUUUUUGUGCUUAAUGAUGCUGGCAAAAGAGGUACAGUUAUUUAUUUUAUAUCAGUUAUUUAAAGAAAACAAGGAAAAAAGCCCCCCCACGAUGUUACAAUAUCCAGUUAACGAAAUUAUUUUCUUAGGGCCCUAAUUCUAGUUUUGUUCUCCCUUGUUAAAGGGAGGCUCUUUGUGCUCUGCUCCCAGCCUGCUGGCCUGUCUAAUGUACUGGAAUUGAUGGGCAGGUCUGUCUCUUUGUGCAAGACCUGUUCCUCUGGCUUCCCCUUCCCAGGUAGGAACAGCACAACCACUGAGAUCAAUGUUCCUGAAUCAAAACAGAGCUGCAGCUCUUUGGCUGUGAGCAGCUGUGAGAGAACACAGUGCUGUCUGAUGGUUCAGUUAGGAGGAGACUCAGGUGAGGGAGCCCUGUGUCUCAGGAAAACAGGCAUUUGUAGGCUCUUGGGGAGAAAUUGGAUUUCUUCAAGCCAUAAGGGACCUCGUCCUGGCUCACAAGCCUCUCACUAAACUCUUCUUCAGCAGAUGGCUCCACAAGGACUGUGGGUGUACGGCUCUAGGGAAAGUGCUCUUCUUGGUCUCUGCCUGUAUUCUCCUUUUAACAAGGAUAAGUCUGCAUUCUGUUCCUGGCUGAAGUGUCUUUCUCCAAACCACUUUAAUUGGGAUAAAUGGAUAAAUUUGAGCUUUAUUCUGAAAGGGAAAGAAUGUACCAAAGUUUCCAAAGGAUGGUAACAAUAAUUUCUCUUCUGUUCUAGAGAGAAGAACUUUCUUUUUCAGGAGAUGUGAUGUUUCAAAGGAGCACAUUUUGGGAACCAAUUCCCUGUGACAAGGACUAUUUUAGAAGAUAAAGUUAAUUGGGGGAACUUAUGGGAAGAAAAAUGUAGAAGUAAUAGCCUUUAAUUAUAUUGAACCCUGAAGUUUUAUGUUGAAAAUGUGAAUGCCAGAAUUUUAGGUAAUGUUUUUAUUUGGUUGGUAAUGCGAGAAUAAUUAGUGUUAUGGAUAUUCCAGUUUAAUAGUGAUUAAUAAUAAUGGAUUUGUAUAUGGAGAAUGUAAUACAGAAUUUAGGCUGAAAGCAAACACAGCCCUUAUUUCUAGCUGUUAAAACUUUCAAAUGAAAAAUACUGUCUCUGUGAGCGUGUCUCUCUCUCUAUGUCAAUUUCAUGUUCAAGCCUUAUAAAACCUGUCCUGGUUUUUACCUACUGUAUGAUUGUUCACUGUAUUUACCACUGUGCAUAUUGAGAUGUCCCUGUUGGGAGGGUGGACACUGCUUGUUUUCCUAACAAGGUACAUAUGUGCUGUUUCAUAAAACAGAAAAUGUCUGAAAUGUUUCGUUAGGGGAAUACAUAAACUAAGUACCAGUGUAUCUUCUGGAAGCUCAGCUCUUGGAGCUCCUUGGGAGAUUUUUUUGGCUUAAGUUCUCUUCAGAACUCAAAGUACACCAAAUUUAGCCUCUCAUCUCAGAAACCUUCCCAUACACUUAAAAAAGUUGUAGUGCUUAUGUGAAAACUGCGAUUAUGACACAUCUGAGUUGGUCUCCCUCGUUCCCCUUGAGUUCUGAAUUCCUCCUCUCCCUGCCCUAAUUAUAUCCUUAAAACAGAAAGUAUUGGAGGACUUGGGAAGAUGUUCCCAGCCCUGGAAGCAUCUCUCCCAGCAGAGAUUCUAGUUUGCCUCAUAAUUUAAACUAAACUGCCACAAGAGAUUUUUUUUUUUCUCUACUGCAUUUAAGCAAUCAAUAAUUGAGGAUGCUUGUACAGGAAAGCACCUUGUUUUUGUGGCUCAUGCUGUCUGUUCAUAUCUCUGUGCUCAUGUCUGUCUUGUGUGCAUGUAUAAAUUGGCUUGAUAUGUUUAUCCAUGUUGUUGUGUCCCUUACAGCUGCUGCUGGUGACAGACACACGCUGCCAUCGGAUUUGGUCGUGUCUCUCUGGAGAAUGGUGUCUUUGGCCUGGACAGCCCUUCCAGACUCUGCUGUUAUUUCCCCCCUCACUCUCCUUAUUUAACCCAAGAUUUCUUAUUUGUGUGUGUGCACAAAAAUAGCCCAGCAGAGUCUCUGCUCAUUUUUGUCUUCUGAUCCAUAUCUGGUUUUUUUGGUCUAAAUACAGCUUUCCAGGAGGAAUUUUAUUACAUCAGUACAGCUGUUGUGGAAGCAGAAGCUAUUGAAGCUUUUAAGAGCAGAAGGUGUGGAGUGAAUAAGUAUUCUUGGGUUGGUACUCCAAGUAUUCAGUGUUGCUCCUUUUGGAACCAAUGAUAAGGAGGCUGCUAUUUAAAAAUCUCCUUUCAGUGUAGUUACAGGAGUUUUCUGUGCCUCACUGUGCUCUGCUCCUGACUCCUGGUGCACCCACCAGGUUCUAGCUGGUACCAUCACAGGGAGCUCACUGGUUUCUUGAGGGCUCUCUCAAACAUAUUUCACACACGAUCUACUAUAUUUUGAGUUUUAAACCUUCUCCGUGUUUAAAUUGGUGACCUAGAAAAGCUUUUGAUCCAUUUGCAUCCCUGUGGCGUGGCAUUAAAGUUUUGCUCUGUAAGGUGCCCAAACUGGUUGAAAGGUGGUCGUGGGCUCCCCACCCUGCUGGCACAGCCCUGGGCUGGGCACUGUCCCUCUGUGCAGCACCAUCUCCUGACCCACAGGAAGCCCCGUGAUGCUGCAGAGAGUUUGCCAGUUAUUUCCAUUGCUGGCUUGACCAGGAGUGACUUUUUCGGGAAUAUAGUGGAGUUGUGAAGCUGUUACAUUGCUGGGUCUGAGUGAACCUGCAUUUUGGAAUACACCUGAGAUGGGGAAUAUAUGUAUAGAAAUGGAAAAUGUUUACAAAUGGCACUGAUAUUUCUGGAUAACAUAACUGUGUGAGCAGAAAAAUAACAUCUUUAGUCUGUCAACUCUGGGGUAAAAAGGGCUAAGACUCAUUAAAGACUGUUCUGACAAGGACUGGGAAGAUUGUAUUUUCUGACUUUUAAUUUUCCCAUGGAGAGCUGAGACAGUCUAGUGCUUAAAACAGAGCUGGGAUUACAUUUGAAUCCUCUUUCUCACCAAGUAAUUUAAUUCUGUUUCUUUUUGUGUUGUAUGAAAAUAACAUCACUUGGUGGCUUGAGCAGUUUGAAAUCCUUGUGUGGAAUUAUCUGAAGAACUGUAAACCGCUAUCUAUGGACCAAAAUCCCAACUCUAUCUGCUUGUGUCCUCAUCCAAGCUAGCAGCUCAAAUCCUUCUGUUUCUUGUCAGCUGAGACAAGAUACCCUGACAUUUAAAAGAUCUCCCCAGCCUGGAGAAUUGCCUCCUUUCUUUACUUAUUUUUAUUUUUAAGACGACUAGGAAGCACAUCUGAAAUUGAGUAAUAAACCUAUUUUUGCUCCUUUCAUUUUAAAACAGGCUAUUCUUAAAUUAUAAAAUCUCGUGUCAGAUACCCAAAUUGUGGUUAAGGGAGGAGGCGAAUGUGUCUGGCAUUUUCCAGCACACGCGUGGCCAUGUCUAACCUAAAAUGAGAGACGCGAGCCCCGAGAGGCGGUGGGAGAUGUCGGCGAGCAGCGGGCAGCGUGUCUGAGCCCAGCAGCUCGUGUCGGGUCUCCAGAGGUCAGACCACGGCGCUUGCUGUGUGUUUGUACAUCUCCCCUCCUCCCUUUUCUUUCUUUCCCCCUUUCCAUGUGUGUUUUGUCUCCUCCUCCCGUGCGUGCCUGUCUUUGCAUCCCCACUCUUCUCCCUCCCCUCCUCCGGAUCGAUCGCCGGCCGAGCUCUCCGAAGGGCCGGGCACUCGGUGGGCUCGUCCUUGCUCCCCGCUGUGUUUUGCCGAGUCAAGGGUAUCUCUGGAGCUCGGCGAGAUGCUGUUGGCGGCGAUGUGAUCGCAUAGCAACACAGCAGCCGGGGCGGUGGAGGAGGAGAGGCAGCGGUGCUGAGCCUCAGCAUGCAUCCCUGCCACAGGGACUCCUCUGCUGAUUCACACACAGCCCCGCUGCCCGCUGCUCCCGCGGCUCACACCUGGCGGACUCCGAAGGUGCUCCAUCCCCAUGACCAUCAGCUCUGAUGCAGCCCCUGGUGAUGCAGGAAUGGCUCCACGUCCUCCCGCCGUGCCCUGAGUGGCACAUCCCGGACCAGGCGCAGCCCAGCAGCCCUGCCCGCCCGCUGUCUCAGGUUGAAGCCUCACAGGAUGGUGCAGGACCUUCGUGUGUAACGCCCCGGGCUCCAAGCAGUGCUGCCGGGCCCCAGGCCCCUCUGGAGAUGAAUCUUUGCUGGAACGAGAUUAAAAAAAAAUCCCACAGCCUUCGGGCUCGGCUGGAGGCCUUCUCUGACCACAGUGGGAAGCUGCAGGUGCCUCUCCAGGAGAUCAUUGACUGGCUGGGGCAGAAGGAUGAGGAGCUGUCGGCACAGCUGCCCCUGCGGGGCGAUGUUCUCCUGGUGCAGCAGGAGAAGGAGACACACGCGGCUUUCAUGGAAGAGGUGAAAUCUCGGGGGCCAUACAUUUACUCUGUCCUGGAGUCAGCACAGGCUUUCCUUUCCCAGCACCCAUUUGAGGAAUUAGAAGAACCAACUUUGGAAAGCAAAGAUGUGUCUCCCCGGCACCGGAUCCAGAACAUCAGCCGCUUUGUCUGGAAGCAGGCCAACGUGGCCAGUGAGCUGUGGGAGAAGCUCACGGCGCGGUGUGUGGACCAGCACCGCCACAUUGAACGGACCCUGGAGCAGCUGCUGGAGAUUAAAGGGGCUAUGGAAGAGCUCAGCACGACCCUGGACCAGGCUGAAAGCGUGCGGGAGACCUGGGAACCCAUCGGGGACCUCUUCAUUGACUCCUUGCCAGAGCACAUCCAGUCCACCAAGCUGUUCAAAGAGGAGCUCUCCCCCAUGAAGGAUGGGGUGAAAGUGGUCAAUGAUCUUGCACACCAGCUUGCCAUCUCAGAUGUGCACCUGUGCAUGGAGAAUUCCCGUACCCUGGAGCAGAUCAACAGCCGCUGGAAACAGCUGCAGGCCUCCAUAAACGAACGCCUGAAGCAGCUCCAAGAUGCCCACCGGGACUUCGGACCGGGCUCCCAGCACUUCCUCUCCUCCUCUGUCCAGGUCCCCUGGGAGCGAGCCAUUUCCCCCAACAAAGUGCCAUACUACAUCAACCACCAGGCCCAGACAACGUGCUGGGACCACCCAAAGAUGACAGAGUUGUACCAGACGCUGGCGGACUUGAACAACAUCAAGUUCUCUGCGUAUCGGACGGCCAUGAAACUCCGGCGGGUGCAAAAAGCCCUUCGAUUGGACAUGGUCACCCUGGCCACGGCUUUGGAAAUCUUCAACGAGCACGACCUGCAGCCCAGCGACCGGGCGAUGGACGUGGUGGAGGUGAUCCACUGCCUGACCGCCCUCUACGAGCGGCUGGAGGAGGAGCGGGGCAUCCUGGUGAACGUGCCCCUCUGCGUGGACAUGAGCCUCAACUGGCUGCUGAACGUCUUUGACAGUGGCCGCAGUGGGAAGAUGAGGGCUCUCUCUUUCAAGACGGGCAUUGCGUGUCUGUGCGGGACAGAGGUCAAGGAGAAGUUCCAGUAUCUCUUCAGCCAGGUGGCAAACGCCGGGGGCCUGUGUGACCAGCGGCACCUGGGCGUCCUGCUCCACGAGGCCAUCCAGGUCCCGCGCCAGCUGGGGGAGGUGGCAGCGUUCGGGGGCAGCAACGUGGAGCCCAGCAUCCGCAGCUGCUUCCGCUUUAGUAAUGGGAAGUCUGCCAUUGAGGCAUCCCAGUUCCUGGAGUGGGCCAACCUGGAGCCACAGUCCAUGGUGUGGCUGGCGGUGCUGCACCGGGUGACCAUGGCCGAGCAGGUGAAGCACCAGACCAAGUGCUCCGUCUGCCGGCAGUGCCCCAUCAAGGGAUUCAGGUAUCGGAGCCUGAAGCAGUUCAAUGUGGAUAUCUGCCAGACCUGCUUCCUCACCGGGCGAGCCAGCAAAGGCAACAAGCUGCACUACCCCAUCAUGGAGUACUACACCCCGACCACAUCCAGCGAGAACAUGAGAGACUUUGCCACGACACUGAAGAACAAGUUUCGGUCCAAGCAGUACUUCAGCAAGCACCCCCAGAGAGGUUACCUGCCCGUCCAGUCUGUGCUCGAGGCCGACUUCUCUGAGACCCCAGCCUCCUCGCCGAUGUUACCGCAUGCCGACACACACUCCCGGAUCGAGCACUUUGCCAGCAGGCUUGCAGAGAUGGAAAGCCAGAACUGUUCCUUCUUCAGUGACAGCCUGUCCCCUGAUGACAGCCUGGAUGAGGACCAGUACCUGCUGCGCCAUUCCAGCCCCAUCACGGACAGAGAGCCUGGGGGCAGCCAGCAGGUUCCAGGAGGCCUCAACAUGGAUGACAAGGGAGAGCUGGAGAGAGUCCUGGCCCACUUGGAGGAUGAAAACAGGAUCCUCCAGGGAGAGCUGAGACGUUUGAAAUGGCAGCAUGAUGAGGCAGUGGAGUCUCCAACCUUGGCCACAGGCUCCCCUGAAUCGGUGCAAGACCCACGUAACGAGGAGCUCCUGGCAGAAGCGCGGAUCCUGCGGCAGCACAAGAGCCGCCUGGAGACGCGGAUGCAGAUCCUGGAGGACCACAACAAGCAGCUGGAGUCACAGCUGCACAGGCUGAGGGAGCUGCUGCUGCAGCCUCCAGCAGAGUCAGAAGGCAAUGGUUCAGCAGCCUCCUCCUUGGCUUCAUCUCCACAUCAGUCAGAAGGCAGCCAGGCAAAGGAGAAAGAGCACAACACCCCUGACACUGAAACUGCAGAUGAGGUGGAAGCCAAAACCCAGGAAGUCAGCAUGUGCCUGGAAGACAUAAUGGAGAAGCUGCGGAGCGCCUUCCCCACCUCCCGAGGUAUGACCUCCCUUAUCUAACAUCUCUUGUGAGCCAGAGGCUUUUCCUAACCAGCUACCUGGCUGCUUUCCUCCCCCUCUCUCCCUGCCAUGCUCCCUGUGCUGCAGCAGACCUCACACAGUCUCCCUCCGAGCUGGUGGUGCAGGAUGCUUGCCAGCUCCAGAAGAUCUCAGGGGAACAUAGGUCAUGCAGGAGUGGGACCGUGGGCUCCCCAGGAGGCUGGUUUGGGCACUGGGCCGCAGUGUCCCAGCCUGGGUGGGAUGGUUCAGAAGAAAGAACUGAAGCCAUGAAAACUGCCUGUCUCCCCUGGCACCCAGGGGCUGCUGCCCUUGCCUGUAGCCCUCGGGGGGAUGCAGAGCUCAGCAUCCCGCUCUUCAUUCGUGCCCAGGAGCCUCCAGGUCUAUGGGCACCAAAACACUCCUGGAGGCGCAGAAUUUUUAAAAUAACUCUUUAUGACAGUAACCAGCUGCCAGCCUUAUGGUUUGAACGCUGCCACCCAAGGCUCUGCAGCCAGCCAGGCACAUACCACCAGGAGAGAGUCUGUGAGGUUUAUGGAGUAGGGAUUGAGUCCAUGUUAGAGCUUCAGCCCAGCUAGUAGCCUUAUAUUGAGAGGGUCUUUGUAACAGAGCCUUAUUGUUUAAUUUGCAUAUAUUUCUAUAUAUUAUAUAUAUAUACAGUACUUAAAUACUCUCAUGGACUCACUCUAUUAAACUCUAAUACCUUAAGUGUAGCUGCCCUUCACUUUCAGAGCAGCCCAACUCCUGCUCCCAGGGGAACCAGCACCUUCCCUGUUGCUGCUGUUGCCUUGCAGGGCUGCUGUGAGGGAGCCCAGUGAGGGCUGGACCCACAGCAGUACUUCAUCCUGCCUGGUUUCCUGGGGAUCUGUGCCUUUGCCAGGGCAGAGUCCUGCACAGACCCAGCUCCGUGCCUGGGGAGCCUCAGUUCCUGCAGGGAGGGGUUUCUCCAGCCACGCUCCAGCCCUGAGGCCACCUUGGCCUGAUGCAAGCGCAGGGCAGCGUGGGCAGGCAGCAGGACAGGCAGGGCACCUCCCUGUGCCCCCAGCGAGCAGCUGCCCUGCUGCUGUGCCCAGCUUUGCGUUGGGCUGGGGGCUGGAGGCCCUCGCUGGGAGCGGGUCCUGUGGGGCAGGGCAGCCUGGGGGAGGUGGCUCCCGGUCCGCAGGGUCCCUCGGGCUGGCUGUCUUGUGCUGUGUUAUGUCGAGGAAGAGGCAGAGUCAGGUGCUGCAGGGUAGCCCAGAGCAGGGGCUGACGUGGCCCUGGUGCUCUGGAGCCACAGGUUGUGGAGAGAUGAGAGGCUUGAGCGCUCGGGGCAGGGCAGGGCUGCACACUGGGGUGAAACAUCCGAUUUAACGGGGCUUGCAAGGACAGAGCCGGGGCUGCUGCUGCUGGCUGGGACAGGGCACGGUGCUGAACUGUCCGGGGAGGUUGUGACCAGGGCAGGGGGUGAGGCCAGGGCUGUUGGCAGAGGUGAGGAGCAGUGCCCACCCCAAGGACGAGGUGGUGUGAGCCUUACAGCCAGGGCUAUUGAGCAUGUGGUGCUCCAGUGUCUGCUGGCAGCAGCGUGGGUGGCUGUCCUCGCUGUCCCCCGUGCUGGCCAGGUGAGUGGCAGGAGGGCAGUGUGGCGGAAUUAGGGUGGCUUUGGGCAUGCUGUGUCAGGCUGUGGGUGAGAGGGACCCCGGGCCAGCCUGUGAGACCCAGCUGGACCCCUCUGUUAUCCCAGGGGCAGGAUGGGAGCAGCGUGGGGAGCAGCAGAGUGAGGCUUGGCCUGAGGGUGUGGUCAGGAGUAUCCAGCCUUGGGGGACACUGGAGGAAGAAAAAAGGGCAGAAUUCUCUGGGACCAGAGCUGUUGGCCCCAGUGCUAGGUGUGGGGAGCAGAGGUGGCCAGGUUGGGUGCUCGGGCUGUGCUUGGGAGGCAGGAUGUGUCAGGGAGGGGAGCAGGCUGGCUAAUGCUCUGGUAACCAUGUACUGUGGUGCUGCUGUCCUCACUGCUUUUGUGGCAUCUCUGCUCUGGAAAGAGAAUAAAUUUGUAUUUAUACUGA